UUAAAUUAUACAACAUUAAUUUUAUAGCGUUCCUGUUAGGGCUCCUGAUCGAGGCCGUAUAACUGAAACCGAAUUGGCUCAACAAAUUUUGAAAAUUAUGGAAACUAAAGCUGAUCCUCGAACUCCACCAGUUGGUAUCCUUACAACGAUGAAGAGACCAGCUUGGGCAAAAGCAAGGGAAGAAUUACUUAAACACGAACAAAAUCGGCAUAAUUUGGAAUUAUUGGAAAGAUGUCUGUGCGUGGUAUGUAUCGAUGAUGAUAUAUUACCAGCGACAUUCAACAAUCCUCUAAAGAAAGAAGAUCGAUGGAUCGAUGAUCGAGAUUACGCGAAUGUACUUCAUCACGUUCUUCAUGGCGGAGGUUCCAGACAUUUGGGUGCGAACCGAUGGUUCGAUAAAACAUUCCACGCCAUUCUCGGCAAGGACGGAAUGUGGGGCAUGAAUUAUGAACAUUCGGCUGGCGAAGGUCCAGCGAUUUUUAUUACAUUCGAAGAACUAACAGAGAAAGUGGACGCUAUGUCACCACCAGAGGAAAAUACCGUUCCAUCGCAUUUGCCUGCACCUGAAAAGCUCGAGUGGCAUCUAUCUGAACAAAGUUUUAACGAUAUCAGAGAUGCAAUGGUAUCUUUUGAUGCAUUAGUGGAAGACUUGGAUCUUUGCAUAUUGUGGUUCCAAGAAUAUUCGAAGGAAUUCAUUAAAUCGCAUAAAAUUAGUCCGGAUGUUUAUAUACAACUAGCUCUACAAUUUACCCAUUUUAGAUUGCAUGGAAACUUAGUAGCAACUUAUGAAAGCGCGGGUAUUCGAAGAUUCGCACUAGGAAGGGUUGAUUGCAUCAGAGCGGCCAGUCCCGAGGCUCUAAACUGGGCGAAAGCAAUGUGCCAAGGAGAUCCUGAUAGUCAAACCGCCACUCAACAGAACACUCAAGACGAAGGCACCAAAAGAGUUCAGUUCACCAUUUACAGUCAAGAAAGAAUCAAGGAGUUAUUCGACUUGGCAGUACAGAGACAAACCAAAGAAAUGAAUGAUAAUAUAAAUGGUUAUGGAAUUGAUAACCAUUUAAUGGGCCUUCGUUAUGCCGCGCAGGAAGUUGGAGAACCGGUUCCGGAUAUUUUCACGGAUCAAGCUUAUAAGAUAGUCAAUCAUUUUGCUCUCUCGACAUCACAGGUAACAUCGAAAAAUGAUGCUAUCAUCGGAUACGGACCAGUUGUUCCAGAUGGUUAUGGUUGCGCUUAUAAUCUCAGAAGCAAUGGUUUCAUAUUUUCGGUAUCCGCUUUUCACAGUGAUGGUAAAACAAACGCAACACGGUUCGCUCAAACGCUCGAACAAAGCUUACGGGAUAUGGCAGAUAUGUUGAACAAGGCGAAUCAAAGAUAAACGGACAAUUAAAGAAUAAAUUAGCUUUGAAAGAAAAAUAUUCAUACUAUCCAACUAUAAAAGAAGGCAAUAAUUGCAAAAAAAAGAAUUUAAAGCGAUUUUCUUUUUAUUUUUAGAUAAUUGUUAACAUUUUACAUCUUGUUUUGCUUUAUAUUUAUUGUUUUUUAGAAUAAUACAAAUAAGAUAAUUACAUAGGAAGUAUAUUAUACAAGAUAUUAAUAGUUCAAAGUUAAAAAAUUAAUCAAUUUGUGUCGAUCUGCCACGAAUGAAUUCUUCAAAUAUAGACUAGUUUUUUCGAUAGUUGAGCAGUGAAUAUUAUUAGUUAGGAAUAAAAAAUGUUCCAAAUUGGAAAUCAUAUCGAAACGAGGCAUAUUUAAGCUUGUUAUGAAAGUAUUUAUCGUAGUAUUGAUAGUAGGUGUUUGAAAGAUAUAUUUACAUUAGAUCUACUUAAAAUUUACUAUAUACAAACUUACUUGUAAGUAUUUGAACUCGCACAAUUUACUAGAUAUGACAUUAUCUUUAAAUAAAAAAAGAAAUAAGUAUGCAAAGACAUAUCUAAAUAUCUUAACCAAAAGUUAUCAUUUUUAAAUUCAUUUUAAACAAUCUAUUUUUAACGAAUACAUUUUAUUAUUAGAUAAAUUUAUAUAUUACGUAUAAAUUAUAAAAAAUCUUGUUUUUGUUAGAAAUAAAAAAUAGCUUUUUAUUUAGCUUAAUAUUAAUAUUUCAACAAUAAACCGGAUAGAUAUUAUUUUCUUUAUUUUUGUAAUAAUAUUUUAUGUCUUGCUUUGUUUUUUUUUUUUUUUUAUUCCAUAUCCAUAGUAAAUCCAUAUAUUGCGAAUAAAAAUUGCAAAUAAAUUGUGCCAUUAAAAAAAAAUUUUUUUCACAAAAUAAAAUAUUUUCAUAAAUUAUCUGAGAGAAUAUUGUAUAAGUUUUAAUUAAAAAGAAUUACUUAUAUGAAUUAUAUAUAUAUAGUUAACAAUUUUAACAAGUAAUAAUAAAAUAUUAAAUUCUAAUUUUUUAAAAUUUAUUUUAUUCUUUUUUAAAAUAUUAAUAAUGAUAAAAUAUUAUAAUUAAAAAGAUUGAUUCUCAAAUAUAAAGAACACUCUCUAAUAUUUUUUCUAAAAAUUUCGUUUUCGUAUUACAUAUUUCGCUUGAAUAUAAGAGAGUAAAGAAUUUUUCACAAAAUGGCACAAUUUAAUAAAUUAUAAAUUAAUUAAUAAAAUUUUCUAAUACAUGCAAUAUAAAGAUAUCACAUUAUAUAGAUCACUUUAUUAGUUAAUUAAUAUAUAGUUAUCUGUAUAAUAUUUAAUUAUUAAUAAAAUUGAAGAAUUCUUUGCAAAUCAUGCAAAUCACUAGAAUCUCGUUCUCCGUUGUUAAAAAAAAUACACAUACAAAUAUUUAUCUAAUAAUUGGCGACCUAGCCUGAACAAAUUGUAACGAAAAUGUUUAAACGGUAGUCGCUGCGUGUAGUAGGCAAUAUACAACUAUAUACUUAGAUCAAUCAGUUAUUGUAAAACUCUAGUCCUCUGUGUAUGUUAUGAAAAUCCUCGAACGUUUAUACAGUAAUGUCCGAGCGCUGGAAGUUUCUUUCCUCUGAAAUCUAACAAUUUUGUUAAUUUCAUAUCGCUUUUGAUUUUAAUUAUAAAUUAAUGAUAACACAAUGUUCGUUGUUAUUGCAAAUCAUUACUAUAUAAUAAUUUUUAUGACAAAAGAUGAUAUAUUUCAUUUUUAAAUCAUAUGAAUAUACUUUUUCUCGCAGAAAAAAACGAAACGUAAUAUUUUGACUCAUCUUGUUAAGAAAAAUCAAUUAUGCUAUUUUUAACACACUUUGAAUAAUAGUUAAUCAUUAAUUGUAACCUAUAUUGUUGAGUUAUCGGUGCUUUAACAGAUUGAAUCAUGUGACUUUAAGUAUUCUAUAAUGAUAUAUAACCUUUAGUAUAAUUGAAUGAUUAGUUAGUGAUAUUUAGAAACCAUUUCUAAGAAUUACAAAAAUGUUAAUAAGAUAUUUACUUACAACAUAUAGCUUUAUUAAAAAAGAUAUAUUAAUAUGUUUAAAAAUAUUAAAAUUUUCUUUUAUUGUUGGUUCUCCAUGAACAUGGAUUUUAUUGUUGUUUUAUUGUUUCAUUAUGAUGCGUAUAUCUUAUUGACUACCUAUGCAUGUAAUUGAAAUGAAAAGACAUGUAUUUGAAAUAUAAUAUUCUGUCUCACAAGAAAAGUUUACUUAGUAAAGUUUCUUCAAUACAUUUUCAAAUAGGAAUAUAAAAAUUUUUUUAAUUCAAUUUGUAGAUAGAAAAUUAUUUAUUUUCGUAAAUAUUUUAUUUAAGAUUUAUAAGUGCUAAUACAUAAAAAUAUAUUCAAAAAAUAAUAUUUCAAUCAUUUCGUCGAAAAAUGAAAUAUGCAAAUAUUUCUUAUGCUUAUUUAUAAUAUUAUUGAUAGUUCCAAUUUUUAUAUAUUUAGUAUUCAACAAUAUGUAGUUAUUAAAAAUAUUAUCAAUGAAAUUAUGUUAGAAAUAAGUAUCUUACAACUACAAAAAAUCAUAAUAAUAUUAUCUAAUAAUGAAAUACUUAAAGACUUUGAUUACAAUGAAACAAAAAAUAUAUUUUAUAUCUUAUCAUAUAUUCUUCUUUCAUAUAAUUUGUUUCAUAUAAUUUACUUAUUUAUUUUUAUUAUAUAGAAUAUAGGAAUAUAGGAAUUUUAUAAAUUGUAAAAAUCUUUUUUUUCUUAACAAAAGUUCGGUAAAUAUAAAGUACAAAACUUUAAAUAUGUUUAAGAUAAAAAAUAUGUUUAAUAAAUAUGUUUAACUAAAUUUAUUGAAAUUAAUAUAAUAUAUUAAAAAAUUUAUAUUCAAUAUAUCAGGUAAAAAUUAUAAAAUUAUUCUCAAUUAUAAAAACAAAAAAUAUCGAUCAUAAAAAUUUUAAAAAUUCAUGAUUUACACUAUUAAACUUAUUUUGUGGUGUGAUAUAUUUACAAUAAAAACAUAAUAAAGAGACAGAAUAUACAAAUAGAAGUUGAAAAAUUAAAUAAUUCGAUAAGAUAGAGAAAAAAUUUCUAGCGCACGGAUCUCGUCUGUCGCAACGCAUUCUAAACGUGGCCAAUCAUUCGUGUGUUGGCGCCCGCACAGUAAACUCUUGUCCAAUUCUUAGAUAGGUCAGCGGUUUGCUCUUCUUUAAUAGGCAAGCAAACGUUGACAAUAGCUCUAUCUUUCUAUCACAUUAAAGUUCUAUGUCUAAUUAACUACUACUGUAUUAAUGCUACUUUUCUUAUAUACCAUGUUCUGUCAAAUACGAUUUUUUUCCCGAGAUAUGGAAAUAUUAUUGGUCGGCGCUACUCUCAGUGACAUCGUUACACUCAUCCUAUUAUAUCAAACUAUUAUAAUUUAUUGUAAUUUAUUAUAGAUAGAAAAAUUAUAUAUACGCAUUUAUAUACAUCAUAUACAUAAUGUAACACAUGUUACAUCUUGUGGCACAUCUGUUGACAUUAUUCAUAUUUUACGAAGCUGUUUGUUAGCUUUGUUAUAAAUUAUAUACUAUUUUCAUUGUGCAAAUACACGUGUUUUAGGAUUGUCAUUGAGGUUUAGCAAAGUUUUCACAUGCUAAAACAUAAAUAUUUUAUCGAAAACAGAGUUUUAUUCAUAUAUAUUAUCGUUAAGUCAUGAUUGUUUGAAAAUACGAAAUCUUAUUACAUUAAAUCAGGAGUUUUAUAUUCAAAGUCUAAGCAAUUUUGCUUUGAUUUAACGUAGAAUAAAUCUUCAAAUAAUACGAGGAAUUGUUCCUUUAUAUAUGUACUGUUAUUAAAUAAAAUUAUAUACAAUUAUGAUUACACAUAAAUGUAUUUACACACAUAUCAAGACACAUUUAUAUGUAAAAAAAAUCUAUAUCUGUUUUCGCGUAUAUGUGUACAAUAUGUGAAAGUGUUCUGUAUUACUUAAUUUCUUAAGAUACAAAUUACUAUUAUAUUUAAGAUAGAAUUGGAUCAUUGAAAGUAUAGAUUAUAUCAUUGAAAGUAUUUACGUAUAUUGCAGAAAUAUUGCAAUAUCUUUACGGCCAAGAAUAUCGCGCAUAUCAAACGAAAGUCAUCAUAGCGAUGACUUUAUCGAAUAGAACAUAUCUUCUUAACUUAUAGAAGAGAGAGCGAGAGAGAGAGAGAGAGAGAGAGAGAGAGAGAGAGAGUGCGUCAAUUGAACUAAAAUAAUAUAAUUAAGUUCAGUUAGAAUUAUUUCGAAAUAAAAUGCAUUCCUUACGAAGACUGCUAUUGUUAAUGUAAAAUUAUAUGUACAUCUUAUAACACAUAAUAAAAUAGAUGAAAUUUACAAUAAUAAAUAAAAUCAGAAUAAAAAAAAUUUUCAUAAAAUAGUUGUCUUCGUAUGCAAUAUAAUAUCUAGUAAUAUUAAAUACAUUUCACUUUCUGUUCAUAUGGAAAGUAUACACAGCAUACCUCUGUAAUUAUUUAAUUUGCGGCAAGUAUGUUGUAUCAUAUGUAAGUUUUCUCGUGCAAAAAUAAACACUACCUUGUAACAUCA